UCACUCACUCGACCACACUCGACAUCACAUACUUCACCAUGGCAGAGAUCCCUACAUUCAAGCUCGUCCUCGUCGGAGACGGUGGUACCGGCAAGACAACCUUCGUCAAGCGUCACUUGACGGGAGAAUUUGAGAAGAAGUACAUUGCCACGCUCGGUGUGGAGGUGCACCCGAUCCGCUUCCACACAAACUAUGGCGAGAUUUGCUUUAAUACGUGGGAUACCGCUGGACAGGAGAAGUUUGGUGGUCUGCGUGAUGGUUACUACAUUCAGGGCCAAUGCGGCAUCAUCAUGUUUGACGUGACAUCGCGCAUCACAUACAAGAAUGUCCCCAACUGGCACCGGGACCUUGUCCGUGUGUGUGAAAAUAUCCCCAUUGUCCUGUGCGGCAACAAGGUGGAUGUCAAGGAACGCAAAGUCAAGGCAAAGGUCAUUACCUUCCACAGGAAGAAGAACUUGCAGUACUAUGAUAUCUCUGCAAAGUCCAACUACAACUUCGAGAAGCCUUUCCUGUGGCUUGCUCGUAAGCUCGUUGGUAACAGUGGUCUUGAGUUUGUGGCUUCACCUGCAUUGGCACCACCUGAGGUCCAGGUCGAUGAAAACCUCAUGAAGACGUAUGACGAGGAGAUGAGCAAGGCUGCUGCUAUGCCUUUGCCUGAUGAGGAUGAUGCAGACCUCUAGACAAUGCCUCUACUCUUUGUUCUGCUUAUUUGAGGCAAACCGCUUUUGCAUUCACUCGAUGAGAAAGACAACAAAAAAUUAACGCGUCACCAUUUCACCAUAAUGGUUUCAUGUACUAGGAUAGAUAGCAAUGCAGAGUCAUCAGUGAAAUUGAAUUGCUCAUGUCGUGC